AUGGGACCAAGGUUCACUUGGUGUAAUAAUAAAUCCGGCAGUGCUCGUAUCUUAGAGAAGUUAGACAUAUGCCUUAUUAACUCCUCGGCUUUAAACAGUAUUCAUCUUGCUCUCGUUAAGCACCUACCUCGCAUUGCUUCGGACCAUUGUCCGAUCCUGUUGGAUAUCUUCAAACCGGUGGAAUACAUUAAGAGGAAUAUUAGAUAUGAAGAAGUUUGGGCUUCUUAUCAUGGUGCAGCUACAUUGGUAAGGAAGAUUUGGGCUAAGAACUGCAAAGGUGACCCGACUUCUAUUCUCAAUUUAAAGUGUAAAAGAGCUCUAAGGGCUCUAUUUUUUUGGAGUAAAGUGAAGCACAGGAAUUUUUCUCUGUUAAGAGACAGUUUGAAGACAGAAAUUCUGGAGAUUCAGUUAGAAGAAGCGAAAGGCUGGAUUUCCUCUAACAGACUGCAACUGUUAAGAUCUAAAAUCAAUGAACUUAACAUUACUUUGGCUCAGCUCAACACGUGGUGGAAGCAGCGGGCUAAGGUAAGGUGGAUGGAGGAAGGUGACUGUAAUUCAUCUUUUUUUCAUGCGUUUGCAAAUGCACAAAGGAGUAAUAACUCGAUCCAUCAUAUCAAAAUGGUGGAGGGUGUAGUUUUGGAGGAUGAAGCGGUGAUUCAGGAAACUUUCUCAGAUUUUUUCAAGUUGAAAUGGCAACAAAGAAAAUGUUCAUUGGAUGGGUGGCCGAAUCCAUCUGCUAUCAUUAGUAAUGUUGACCAAACUAUGCUUGAUGCUGAGCUAACCAUGGAAGAAUUAUAG